AAUACACCCUCAGUUGUUACCUACGUCUCCCCACAGUAUCCUAGAAAGGUCCUAAAGAGUAGUUCAAGAUCUGCUGAGAAAAGCACCCAACACAAUGACCGAGCUCUGUAAGCUAUGCAAAGGCAGACCUGAGGGUUAUCGCUGUGGCAUGUGCGGCGGGAGACCGAUCUCUGCGCCCGAGAAUGAGCUCUGUAGAUUGUGCGGAGGACAUCCGAUUGAUUACAACUGCGGUUUAUGCGGCAAAUCACCCGAGACAAGGCCAUCGGCCCAUUCUUGCGGCUUUUGUCAAGAUCGACCCAUAGGUCAUCGUUGCGGUUACUGUGGUGCUAUACCUAUUGGAGCAGCACAGACAACCCUUUGUCAAUUGUGUGGAAAUAACCCGCCGAAUCAUGGCUGCGAGUCAUGUGGUGCAAGGCCCAAGACCCUCAGACCAGAUGGCGUGUUCUGGGUAUGCAAACAUGGAGUGUUUGACCGUCAUCGUCGUUGUGUUCAAUGUGGCCCAGAAGUUGGGAAGAAGGCAGAGGUGUCUCUCAAGCCUUCUGAGGCAUGCAAAUCAUGUUUACGUACACCCAAGGGCUAUUGUUGUGUUUUGUGCGGCGAACGGUCCGGAAGUACGGAGCAUACAAACACCUCUUCACCAUAAGUGAUUAGAUUCAAAUGCGAAUAUGAUAUUGGAGGAUGAGUCAUAGAGUACUCGUUCGACUAAAGACGGAUUCUUCCUCAGCUACAGCGGGAGGAAAGGGUCGAUUGUUUUUGCAAUGAGGUAGCGCCAUAAGGCGAACUAGAAUAUCACGACAUUCCGAAUUCCCAACCCAGGCCGGGCAUCCUCAAGUGGAUGGCCCGGGCCGCCACCGUUGCCGGAAGAACAGUACUACAGUGCACACCGGGCUGUUCUUCGAGGUCUUCUCCUAGACGGACUGGGCGAC